GGGAAAGGCAGCGCAUGGCUUCAACGACACCGCAUCAUGGAUAUGAAACCAGAAGGGUCUUCUUCUCUCGUCCCCCACACUCGCUUCCUGAGUCAGCCUGGAGAGGUUCCACUUUCGAACCACUCUCUCCGUGAUCUGGGGUCUGGGGUCGGGGGUCGGGCCCAUCUGACACCCCCUGUCCCUUCGCCAAUGAGAAGAACCACUGGACUGCAGUUCAAGGUCCGGCUAACCACUAGUCGAAACAGACAUUAAUCCUUCUGUUAAACAAGCCAACCAGGGUCGUGAUCCGAGUCAUUUCUGAUUCGAUGCAACUUCGCCAUUGCUCGGGUCCACCAAUAACCGGACGUCCAUGACAGCCACCGGACACUGUCAGGAGAUGUGUCGACCCGUUCCAAAGAUCCAGUCUCAUCUCUCCACUCAUGCGGUGAGCUUCUCAGCUGCGGGGGUAGCAUCCGUCCCAUCUGGGGGUUCCUCCGACCGACCUGUCCCGAUCGAGAUCUCUAUAAUAUGGCCUUCCCCUCCCUGCUGCGGACGAAAAUUUUCGUGAACUGCUGUCUCUGCUCCGACCUGUCACUCGGGAUUGUCUCGCCUGCCGAUCGUGUUUUGUGUCUGUCCAAUUGCCUCCGGGCUGCCCCGUCAUAAUCAUGUUGGUCGGCAAUAUCUAUGUAAUUUCGGGCAUCGCCGUCGUGGGCGGUGCCCUCUUUGGGUUCGACAUUUCGUCCAUGUCCGCCCAGCUGAAUGAACAGUCCUAUCUCUGCUACUUCAACCAGGGUCCCAAGGGCCCGCCCUUUACUGAAGAGCAGUGCUCCGGUCCCCAUUCCUUGGUGCAGGGUGGUAUCACCGCUUCCAUGGCUGCGGGUUCGUGGCUGGGUGCGCUUAUUUCCGGUAUUCUGUCCGAUCGACUGGGACGCAAGUACACCAUCAUGAUCGGCUGUUUGAUCUGGCUCGUCGGCUCGACUAUCAUCUGUGCCUCCCAGAACAUCGGCAUGUUAGUCGCCGGGCGUGUCAUCAACGGUCUAGCCGUGGGUAUCGAGUCGGCCCAGGUACCGGUGUAUAUUAGUGAGCUGGCGCCGCCAUCCAAGCGCGGUCGCCUGGUCGGUGUGCAGCAGUGGGCCAUUACGUGGGGUAUCCUAACUAUGUUCUAUAUCUCUUACGGAUGCUCCUAUAUUGGCGAAAAGGAUUUCAGGGGAUGGAAGGCCGCCGCGUGGCGCGUUCCCUGGGCCCUGCAGAUGAUUCCCGCCAUAUUCCUGUUCCUCGGCAUGACGGUCCUGCCCGAAUCGCCUCGCUGGUUGGCACGCAAGGAUCGUUGGGAGGAAGCCCAGAGUGUGCUGGCUCUGGUUCACGCCAAGGGCGAUCUGAAUCAUCCGUUCGUGGCACUCGAGCUGCAAGACAUUCGCAACACGUGCGACUUCGAGAGUCAGCACCGGCACGUUACCUACUUGGACCUGUUCAAACCCCGGAUGAUUCACCGGACCAUGGUUGGCCUCUUCAUGCAGAUCUGGUCUCAGCUGACGGGCAUGAACGUCAUGAUGUACUACAUCACCAACGUGUUCGCCAUGGCCGGGUACAGUGGCGAUGCCAACCUCCUCGCCUCUUCGAUCCAGUACAUCAUCAACGUUAUCAUGACGCUGCCCGCGCUGAUGUGGAUGGACCGUUGGGGUCGACGACCGACGCUUCUCGUCGGCGCCACGCUCAUGGCCAUCUGGAUGUACGCGAAUGCAGGUAUUAUGGCCACAUACGGCACCGUCGUUGAGGGCGGGGUCGACAAUGUCGCGGCCCAAUCCAUGGAGGUCAAAGGUCCGCCAUCCAAGGCGUUGAUCGCGUGCACCUAUCUCUUUGUGGCAUCCUACGCGCCUACCUGGGGCCCCGUUAGUUGGGUCUACCCGCCAGAGUUGUUUCCCCUACAUCUGCGCGGCAAAGGUGUGUCUCUGUCCACCUCGGGCAACUGGGCCUUCAACACGGCGCUGGGCUUGUUCACCCCCGAAGCCUUCGCCAACAUCAAAUGGCGAACGUACCUUAUUUUCGGGAUCUUCAACACGGCCAUGUUCUUCCACGUGUUGUUCCUCUUCCCCGAGACCGCUGGCAAGACGUUGGAAGAGACCGAGGCCAUGUUCGAAGACCCCGACGGGUUCCCGUACAUCGGCACUCCGGCUUGGAAGACACGCACCUCGACGCACAAGGUGGCCCAGAUGGAGCAAGGCCAUGUCGGUGAUUUGGAGGCCAAAGCUGUGCCGGGAUCGGCUGGUCCCGGGGUGGGCCAGGAAAGUGGAAGCAGUAGCGAGCCGGGAAACGGGAGCGGGAGCGGGAACGGGGACGGGGCUAAGACCAAGGCAGGCUGAUGCGUUUCCUUGGCUUAAGUGGCUAAUGGAAGCGGCAGUGCCAUAUGUGUGGGUGGGGUGGAGAG